AUGUUGAUUGGUAUAUCUGGUACAUUAAGCUCAGGAAAGACUGAAGUUGCUAGAUACUUGACCUUUCAAGGAUUCAAGCUAAUUUCUUUUAAACAAGAAUACGAUGAAUCAGAUGCCACUACGCCAGAGGAAGAUGAAGUAUCUCGCGAGAUGACAGAUUUGACAAUCGAUGGGGAUUAUAAAAUGGAGGUUUUCAAACAUUUUGACGAGUUGAGUGCUUUGGAUAACUAUGUGACGGUUAAUUGGAGAGACAAUUUUGUGAUAUCCCAUAUACAAGAUAUGAACAUGUUGAAAGCAUUACAGAAGAGACCAUUUUUCCUUCAUAUUUCUAUUGAUGCCCCGGUGUAUUUGAGGUAUCAAAGAUCAAAACUGAAAAAUAGGUUUACGUUGGAACAGUUUGUUGAUAAAAACGACCAAUUGUUGUUUAAUGUCACUAACCCGUUGAUUGAAAUUAACAAUCAGGCACAGGUGAAGAUUAUCAAUACGUCGACCUCAAUUAAAGAUUUGUUUAUCAAAUUGUCUGAACUAAACCUAUUGAAUAGUGCUCGAUUGAGACCUACUUGGGAUUCGUAUUUUAUGCGAUUGGCUGAUUUGGCAGCAUUAAGAUCAAACUGUAUGAAGCGCAGGGUAGGAUGUGUUAUUGUCCGCGAGAACCGAGUGAUUGCUACUGGCUACAAUGGAACUCCUCGUCAUCUAACCAAUUGCAAUGAAGGAGGGUGUUCACGAUGCAAUAAGGGUCAAGGGAGCGGGGCAUUGUUGGCCACGUGUCUUUGUUUGCAUGCAGAAGAAAAUGCUUUGCUCGAAGCUGGUAGAGAUCGGAUUCGAGGUGAGAGUGUAUUGUAUUGCAAUACAUGUCCGUGUUUGACAUGUUCGAUAAAAAUAGUGCAAAGUGGGAUUAAAGAAGUUGUUUAUGCCCAGAGUUAUUCGAUGGAUUUACAAAGUCAUAAAGUGAUGAGCGAAGCAAACAUUAUAUUAAGACAAUUCCAGCCUCCAAAGGAUGGAAUAUUUAUAUAG